AUGAUCCAGAAAACAUUUGGGGCACGGCGACGGCUCCGCAAUCCGCUGAGGCACCUUGAUCCCGUCAACGAGGAUUUGCCGCAUAUUGUCAACUUGUCCCCACAGUUGCGGGAGCUGGUUCUGGCCGGUCCAGACACCAUCUUUUUCGAUGCCGUGAUCCGCGAUUUUCAGCAGAGUCAUGCAGACUUUGACAGCUUCAAUGGACACAUGGAAGGACUGGUCUUGCCUAUUUUGGGAGAGGACAAGAAGCCCGUGUACAACCCGAAAAAUGACAACUCGUCAUUGUUUCCGCAGCCUCCAUUGUCCAACAAAGAGAACUUCGACCAGUGGUUUCGUGAUGUUCCUGGAGUCAACAAGCGUUUGAACUUCAGGAUGGAUUUUGUGAAGUCCGCCUCUGGAACCUACGCCCACGACGAUGAGGCCUUCUUCCCCAUCGACGGGAAGGGUUGGAACGACACCAGGAUUGGUUUGGACAAUCAAAGCCACAACUUCUAUUUCACCCUUGAGAUGCAUGCAUCCUUCGUCUACAUCCCUGGUCUUUCAUUUACCUUCCGCGGUGACGACGAUGUGUGGGUCUUCAUGGACAACAAGUUGGUGAUCGACCUUGGAGGCGUUCAUGGGCCCCUCCAAAAGACCUUUUCAGUGGAUGAGUUGAACCUCACCGAGGGAGAAGCCGUUGACCUCCGCUUCUUCUUCGCUGAACGGAGAUGUUGCGGCUCGCAGUUCCGGAUGGAAACCACCAUUGUGCCGGUGACAGGGACCUGCACCAUCUGGG